AUGACUUUAGAAGACGAAGGCGAUCCAGUCCUGUCUGUUCAGGAGGUAGGGAUUAACAGCAGCAUCUCGGGUCCAACAUUCAGAAAGCUCCUGCGUCCCAGUCCGAUCAGGGUCAGCUCGAGUCACGUAACGAUCACACCUGAAGGGAACCCGGUCGUUCAGUCUGAACCGUUGGGACGUCUCGGUGACGGUGUGAUUUUCCACGGCUCAGAAGAUGAUCUCCAAGAAGGAUCGAAGCAUGGUCAGAUGAAGGAAGCAAGUGGAAGGCCAGUGCACUCUCAGCACAUUGCUCCGAAAAUCCCAGAAGGAGAGCGCGUGGACUUUGAUGACAUCCACAGGAAGCGGAUGGAGAAAGACCUGGUGGAGCUGCAGACGUUGAUUGCCGUCCACUUUGUCCAGAGGAAGAGAGAAGAGGAGGAGCUGAUCGCGUUGAAAGAGAGAAUUGAGAACCGCAGGGCUGCGCGAGCCGAGCAGCAGAGGGUACGAGCAGAGAAAGAGAGAGUCAGGCAGAUGAGGAUUGCGGAAGAGCGACAGAGGAAAGAGGAUGAGGAGGCAAAAAAGCGGGCUGACGACGAGGCGAAGAAGAAGAAGGUCCUGUCCAACAUGGGAGCUCAUUUCGGAGGAUUUCUCGCCAAGGUCUCGUCGCAGGCGGAGCUGAAGAGACGAGGGAAGAGACAAACUGGGCGAGAGAUCAAGAGGAAGACUCUGGCCGAGAGACGCAAACCUCUCGCUAUUGACGACCUGAGAGAGGACGGCCUGAGAGAGCGGGCUCGAGAGAUGUGGGACUGGAUCUACCAGCUGGAAUCGGAGAAGUUUGACCUCAUUGAGGAGAUGAGGAGACAGAAAUACGAGAUGGUCGUCCUUCUCAAUCGCCUCUCCCACGCCCAAAAAUUUAAGAAGGGGACGGGAGGCAAGGGCAAAGUGGGAGGGCUCUGGAAGUGAAGACGCAAAUUGUGGAGAAAACACAACGUGUAAUGCACGGAAAGUAUAUCACGUGAACCACGAGCCUGUUUUUAUUCUAUAUUAUUAUGGCUGUUUAUUACAGUAACAAAAGUGAUAUGAUUGCGUCCAGCCCAACACUUCUGCCCGAUUUCCUUUAUCCAGCCUGUUCGCAUCCCCUGCAGUGU